UUUUGGACAUCAACGCGCUCGCCCUUGAUUCAUCUUGCUUACGGCCCUCUCCGUUCUGAAACAAUAUAGAGGCCAGUCGGCCGACCUCUGCGUCUCGCACCCAGUGGGAGGAGAAACAGCAAGCUGGGUAUAUCUAUACAGCAUCCCUAAUACCCACGAGCUUUCAUAUGCUCCAGUUUCAAACCCUUUUUGAGUUUCAAUAAGCUUCAAUAAGGUUUAAAACGCCUUUGUCUUUCAUCAGCCCAGCACGAACGUGGCACGAGACGGCACGGCAAGCAAGCCACCAGGGGCGGAUCUUACAAAGAUGGACCAAAACUCCAACGGCGGGACCCAAGAUGGACCCAAAAUCUUCCGCCCAAUCCCUCGACGACCCUUCAACCUAGCAUCACCACCAAUGAUCUCUCGUAAGGACGAGUCUCCUUCCCCAGCUCCCGGCAGAGACUCCAACACAUCUCCCCAACCACGCAUCACAGCCGCCGACCUCCGCUUCCUCCUGGACCCUCGAUCACCCUUCAACACCAGCGCCUCUCCCGCCGGCAGCGGGGCCGUCACUAGCGGUCUUGACUCCUCCAACAUCAGCAGAGCCACCUCAUUCCGGAACCUGACUUCUUCUACUCUCUUCGGCAUCUUCUCCGAUGAGCCCGGAACGGCCGUCACCACCCCCGGAGUAGGUCGCUCAGCUUCGAACCUACGCAAUGGAUUCUACUUCGGCGAGCAACUGAAAGAGGAAACCGAGGACGAAACCGAUGAUGCAGCCAACGUACUAGGCAUUGCCGGAGACGCCAGGGAUGACGACGACGAGGAUGACGAGACCUACCAAGAGACCAUCACCCUCAGACCCAAAAGACAACGACGAGUUUCCUCCAUAACAUCCACCAUCCCCACCUUCAGAGGCGAAUCAUCAUCAUCAGACAUCAACAGCGGGAACAACAACCCAGUAAUGAGCCUGCUCUGGUCUUUGCUCCGGACGAUCCUCCUCUUCGCCCUGGGCAUGGGCUACGGCGUGCUCGUCACUCGCUUGCCUAACGGAGACAGCGUCACGGGCGGCUACGGCUGGCGGUACCUCACCUUCUGGGGAGCGGCCGGCGUGGUGUUGGGCAGGUUACUUCCCUGGUUCGAUCAGGUGUGGGAGGAAACGUUUGGGAAGAGGAGGAUAACCAAGAAAGAGAAGGAAAGGCGACGAGCUGCGGCAGCUGCGGAGGCCGCUGCUGCUUUGUUGCAACAACCUCCUUCAUCGUCAUUAAGGUCUUCCCCAAGAAAGGCAUCAAUCACCACCAUCCCUACUGAAACAGAGUCCAGCACGGGGGGAGGCGUCACCUCCCCACCCGAAGCCGACUGGCCUCUCGUCGUCCGCAGCAUCGGCGCCUUCGUCGGCAUCGUCUUUGCCAUCCGCCGUCUGCCUUGGGCCUCGACGAUGCAGGUCUCUAUGACCCUCGCGCUCGCGAACCCGUUUCUGUGGUACCUGAUCGACCGGUCCAAACCGGGCUUCCUCCUCAGUGCCGCCGUGGGCGUUACCGGGUCCGCCAUUCUGAUGGGGUUGGGUAACCCCGAUAUGAUGCCUGCGCCGGUGGCCGGGGGAAUGGGUGCGUACCACGAUCAUAUCUUGACGAAUGGGCAACCUGCGAUGGGGGUGCUUAAUGGGACUACAUCCGGGUUGCCUAGGGGCGUAGCGGCGAGGAUGGGCGGUCUGGGAGGGACGAGCAGCGGAAACGCGGCCGUUAUUGAGACGGGCAUUUGGAUGCUCAGUGUGUUGUUUUGCAGCUGUGUGUGCUUUGGGAAUAUUGGGAGGAGGUUGGCGCUAAAUAAGUCGGCUGCUUCCAGGGGGAGAUGGGGUGGUGUUAGGUGAUUCCUCCGUCGGGAAAGUGAUGAUUUCGGCAUCUUUAUCGCAUCACGUCAGGGUUCACAAUGGAGAACGUCUUUGAGUUCGAGUCUUCGAUAUCGACGCAGCGGGAAUGAUUCAACACACAUCAAUAGUGGUCGGUUUAUCAACUUGUACUUAGCAGUCCGACUAGGGGCAUAUUAUUGCACCAUUUUUACCAAGGGAGUCAAACAAUGCUACUGAGCAUUUGGAGGUCUCAAUAUGGCUUAGAAAAUCUGAUCUGUGCCAUGUGUCUGUCACGACGACCUCCGAAGCCAGCACAACGAGGAAAGAAAUUUUUUUUUUGACAAACAAAUGAUCAAAA